AGUUUCAUCAAACGUGAAUCUGAGGGCAGUCAAUGGACAGCGCUGGUAGUAGGCAGACUUAGUUAUUCUACGGUGGCACUGGGAUUGCCGCCUCGGGAUGAAUUCGUUCGAUUCGGUUUUGCUCUUAGGAGCCUUGUUAGCGUUCGGUUCGGUUUUCGGUGCUGGUUUCCUAUUAGCCCAAAGUGACGAAGGAUUGUUUCCUUUGACUGUGAUUCAUCUGAAUGAUUUCCACGCCCGUUUCGAGGAGCAAAACAGUCUCUCGACGCGAUGCAAACCGGAUCAAGGGGAACAGUGCGUCGGUGGAUACGCGAGGGUUGUGUCCGCUGUGAGAUCACUGAGUGAGCAGUACAAAGCGCAGAACCCGAUCUAUUUGAAUGCGGGUGAUAAUUUCCAGGGCUCGACUUGGUACACGCUGCUGCGGUGGAGUGUGAUUAGUUAUUUUUUGAAUUUGCUGCCGGCUGAUGCGGUGACCCUUGGUAACCACGAGUUUGACCACGGAAUUGCAGGAGUUGUGCCAUUUAUGGAAGCGCUGAAAUCGACGAUCGUUGUUUCCAACAUCGAUGACAGUGGGGAACCAAGCUUCCAGGGGAAAUAUCAAAAGUCGGUAGUCAUCGAACGGGAUGGCAGAAAAAUCGGUAUCAUCGGUGUUAUUCAUCACUCAACGCACACGCUGAGUAUGACGGAGGAUUUGAAAUUUCUCGAUGAGGUUGAAGCGAUCAACGGAGAGGUGGAGACGUUAAAAGCCAAUGGAGUUAACAUAAUUAUCGUUUUGUCUCACUGUGGAAUCGAGAUUGAUCGUAAGAUCGCUGCACAGUGUGAGGAUGUCGAUAUCGUGGUUGGUGGACAUUCGCACACAUUUUUGUAUAAUGGAACGACGGAGGGCCUUCCGGAGUCACCGGUGGACACUUAUCCUGUGGUAGUGGAUCAUAUCAACGGGCGUAAAACUUUGAUCGUUCAGGCCUCGUGUUUCACGAAGUUUAUUGGUCGUAUCACCGCCUAUUUUGACGAAAGUGGUAAUAUAGUAGAAUGGGAGGGCAAUCCGGUCUACUUGGAUGAAUCUAUUGAACAGGACCCACAAAUCGUGCAAGAACUUCUGCCGUGGAAAGAGCAAGUUGAUGUUUUGGCCAACCGUCCGGUGGGCAGUUCAAGGGUGCUUCUGUCGAAAGAUGGCUGUCGUGUGGCAGAGUGCAAUUUUGGAGACCUCGUGGCUGACGCUUUCGUCGAUUAUCAUGCCCGUCAUCGGGAUAGUACGGAUGAUGAGUGGACGGCUGCCUCAAUCGGGAUCACGAAUGAUGGUGGUAUGAGAACAUCCCUGCAGAAAGGUAGCUUAACGUAUGACGAUUUAGUUACGGCAGUUCCUUACGAAAACACCGUAGACACGUUCGAUCUAGAGGGAAAGUAUUUAUGGGAAGCGCUUGAGUACAGUGCCGGACGUCAUAAUUCCGCGGAUUUCCUGCAGAUAUCGGGACUUCGCGCUGUGUUUAACAUUACCAGGUCAAUCGGACGCCGGAUCGUAUCGGUGGAUGUUCGCUGCCAAACGUGUCGAGUGCCAAGAUAUGAACCGCUGGACCAGAACAAAGUUUAUCGUUUAGCUGUGGCAGCUUGGAUUGGAAACGGUGGCAACGGAUACUCCAUGUUCAGUGAUCACCGUACCAACGUAAAAGUCGGUCCGUUCGACAUUGUGGCGUUGGAGGAGUACGUGACCAGAAUGUCUCCGAUUCUGCAAGGAACUGACGGGAGAAUCCGUAUUCUAACCUAAAUAUUAUGCAAAAACCCAUUAUGCCUAAUAAAUUAUUUGAUGUUAAAUACUGUA